GUCGACCAACAUGCCAAAAUAUACACCAAGUCCUUCUCCCUUCACAUAAGGUGGGAGGACGACACAGAGGCACAGAGGGAUUGCGAUAACUUCCAAUCUUUCCUUGCUGCCUUCGGUUUCUCGCCCCCUUCCAUUGUCACCCUCGAGACAAAAGACUGGACCCACGGCUGGACAGUUUUUGAAAAGACAACGAGCAUGCUGCGAGAAGCAUUCAAAUUUUCUACUCAAGGACGAUGCAUUUGCUUUAUACACUACGCCGGCCAUAGCGUUGUCGGUCCAAACAACACAAUACGCUUUACCUCAGCAUUAGGAACCAGGAGUCUAGAUGCUGACUGGCUCAUAACUACAUUUUCAACCGAUGAAGGGGGGCUUCCCUACGACGCUCCAGUGGAUAUUAUAUACGUCUUAGAUUGCCGCUAUAGUUUCCUUAGAACCAAGAGUGCGCAGCCUGUUAGCCGCUCAGUUGAUGUUCUUGCGGCGAUUGACACGAACGCACCACGGGCGUUCGUGCCAGAUCAGCGCGUGUCCUUCUCAGCGAAGCUGGCAGAGAAAGUCACCGACCUGAAAGAAACAGGUCGUCAAACAAUCGACAUGGCUGAGCUGAUUGCUAUGCUGAGAACUAAAUCAUCCCAGAGGAAACCAACUCAUGCAGUGCCUCUCGGAGUAUCAUCUGCAUGUCUCUCUUUCCCCGGAUCAUCAGCUCCAAGAGCAUAUCCUGCCGAUCCACCUGCACUUCGCGCUGUUUUUAGCAUCGAGGUA